AGCGCUCGUUUCACAGACGAGGGAAAGUUCAAACAAAACAACGUUAACUUUCUCAUAAAACAGCGAUGUAGUAUCUGAUAAAAAUGCAUUCGUCAACCACUUUAUUAAAUAAAUGGGUCCUGGAAAACAACCAGUUGGUAAAUAAAUGGAAGCAGCCGGAAGGAGGAGGGGACACCCUGAGCCGAGAUCACAACCGGACCCAUCUGAGAUGUUGUUCUGCUGAGUUUCACAAACUUUUAAGGAAAAUCCAAGGUGUUCCUCAUCUUGCAGAUCAAACUCAUUUGGAGCUGUCAGUGGUGUACAAUGCCUGUGUGUUCUCUACUGCUCUAUCUCAGUUCACAGAAGCUGAGCUGCUCCUCACCCAAGCCGUACAGAGAGCUCUACAGAUGACAGGAGUUGAACCUGUUACUUCAGACCAUCCUGUAUUUUGGAGAAAGGUUCUCAAAUCAGCUGGAAACACACCUUUGAAUUCCUGUGUACUGCAUCUUCUCUGUCUGCAGUGGGCUAUAUGGUUGGCCACCUGCCAGCUGAAAACUAUACAGGAAUUGAAGGAGGAGCUGUCCUUUCUGUUUGAGACACUUUGUGGUGAAGCUGGGGAUGAUGGGAGGAGCAAGACAAGAGGAAAAACCUCUGACAUCCCACUACUGGUGACUGACCCAAGAACGCUUGUUGAAUUAUUGCAGAUCUGCACUUCCAUUGUCCAAGGUGCUGAAAGGUUGAAUGAGGGUCAGAGUUCAGAAGCACUCUCUGAUCUGCAGACAGCUUCCUCCCUGCCGGCUGCCAGAACUCUAGUAGCAUACGUUCACUUCCUCUCAGGCUUCUGCCUCGCCCGUAUGAGCUGUCCUCAGAUGGCAGUGCAGUGUUACAGGAAGGCACUGGAGACUGACUCCAGUUGUGCAUGUGCUCUUUACCAGAGCAUGCUCAUCUACAGACACCUGGGCAACAUACAGGCUGAGAUACAAGCUCUUCGUUUGCUGCAUUCCACUUUGAUGUUGCCCUCUGCACCAGUGCCUGCUCUGGCCAAUACCCAUCUCCUCUCCCCAUCCUUACUGCUCUGCAGCCAAUCACUAAGCAGCCUGCUCACAGUUCCGUCUGCCCUCUCUGUCCUUCAUGAUCUGGCCCUGAAAUGUGUCCUCCAUGGGAGGCUGUCAGAGGGUGUGGAGCAUUAUCUGGACCUGCUGGCUGUUCUUCACUCAGAAGAUGAACAUGGAGUAAGACAAAAACAGUCUCAGUCUCAGGUCCAUGCUGAAGCCACUGCCCUCCCAAGGUUGCCUGAGCUUUACCUGGAGGCUGGCGCUGCCUUGCUCAUGGCUCGGCGGCCUGCAGAUUGUAUGGCGCUGUGCAAUGAAGUCAUUGGCACGACACUGGAGCUGCUGCCAGAGAAGCUGGUGUUGGAAGAUCCAGAGGAGAGGAGUGAGGCUGAGACCAGGGAUGUGAAUAUGGAAGGUGAAGACAAGGUGACGAUGUUGCUCUGGACGGGGGCUGCCUACCUCCUGCAGGGUCACUGCCACACUCACCUGAAAGACUGGAAACAAGCUGUGACUCACUACACAAGGUGCAUCAACCUGCUGGUAAAGGUCAGAAUUAAAAAGAAAGGUUUCCAACCACAGGUCCCCAGUGCAGACAUGGUUGUCAAGCAGGGAACAGAUCUGUGUAUCCUCCAAAGGCUGAAGGGGCUUUCGCUAGCUGGCAGGGGUAUCAGCUUCACCCAGACAGACCAACUGAGAGAGGCACUGAGAGACCUCCUGCUCAGCCUGCAGUCAUUCCCAGAAUGUGUGGGUGCAGGGCUGUGGUGUGGUGAAGUGCUGUGGAGGCUUGGCAGGAGACAGGAGGCAGCAGCGUGUUGGGAAAAGACCUGGAGCUUCACCACACAGUCCUCAGUGGAGGCUCUUCCUGUGUACCUACAGGAACCCCAGUCUGGCCCUUUGCUAGACUCCACAGAGCUACGGCGCAGAAUACAGGAACUUGGUCCUAUCUAAUCAACCCGGAGAGGGACAAAAGAAGAAUGCCCUAUCACUUACCAAACAGGAUCAACUUUCUCUGGCCUGUGAACUCAAAUCCAUACCCACAACAAACAUGCAUCUACUGGGACAGUAAAAUAAAGUUAAAUAUUGUAAGGACUUGGGGUGUUUGAGACUGAGAAUGAACCCAGGUGUACCAUGGCAUAUGUGUGAAAUGAUGAAAAAUAACUGGACCUGCUAUGAAGCUGAUUGAACACUGAAGAUCUAAACAAUUUUGUUGAGGGGGGGGGUGUAUGUUGGGCAGGCAAGAGUAAUCCAGACUUUUAUUUUAAUAAUUAGCAAUGUCUGUGCAAGUUCUCAUUCAUCCAGGUCAUAGUUAUCAAAUCAACCCAAUGAUUUUCAAUACAAAGUACAGUACACACCAUAAACUGUGCUGCCGUUUUUAAUGGAUUUCUCCUAUCAAUAAAAGGAUUUUUAGCAAAUUUGUUUAGGCACAUAAUAUGUUACUAUAAAGA